AUGCAGUGGAGACGGAGAUAUUGCUGUCCCGUCAAGAUGACGUGGACCGCCAAGCGCUCGCUGUUUCGGACCCAAGUGGCGGGCCUUGUCUCAAUGGCGCUGCUCUUCACCCUCUUCUCAUUUUUCAGUCGGCAGGACUGGCUGCCUGGUCGUACUGGGCCACGGGAAAAUCCGCUGGCCUACACUGUCAAGGGUUUCCGCAAUCCCAAGGGGGAAGCCAACCAGAGUAGCUCCCUUAGAAGCCUUUGGCAGGAGACAGGUAUUGUAGCACCAAAGCCUCUGCUCAAUGUCAGUUCGCAGCAAGUGGAAGGAGCAGCCGGGGAGGCAGCAGGUGGACCUGGCGGAGCAUCGGGUGUCCGACCGGCUGUAAUGGGACUUGGUGACUCCAUGAGCACUAACAACAGUUUACAGAAGGAAAUGGGCGUUGGUGGAAAGCUCAGUGCUCAGCCCUACCGUUACAUCCUGAACCAGCCUUUCAAGUGCAGCGACAGCACACCAUUUCUUGUCCUACUCAUUGCUGCUGAACCUAGCCAGGUUGAUGCUCGUAAUGCCAUCCGUCACACGUGGGGCAAUGACAGUGUAGCAACGGGCCUUGGCUUUGUACGUCUCUUCUUGCUCGGCAUGGGAAAAAGCUCUGACACCUUUCUCCAGAGCAGUAUUGAGGAGGAGAGCCAUGUUUACCAUGACAUAAUCCAGCAGGACUUUCAGGACACAUAUUACAACCUAACUAUCAAAACGUUAAUGGCCAUGAACUGGGUGGCGACAUAUUGCCCACACGCCUCUUAUGUGAUGAAGACAGACAGCGACAUGUUUGUCAAUACAGAGUAUCUCAUUCAAAAGCUGCUUAAGCCUGAGCUACCUCCCAAGCAGAGGUAUUUUACAGGCUAUCUGAUGAGAGGUUACUCACCAAACCGAAAUAAGGAGAGCAAGUGGUACAUGCCACCCGAGCUGUACCCAAGUGAGCGUUACCCAACCUUCUGCUCUGGCACAGGGUAUGUGUUCUCAGGGGACAUGGCAGAACUGAUUUACCAGGCCUCUCUUAGCAUACGCAGGCUUCACCUUGAGGAUGUUUAUGUGGGAAUAUGCCUUGCAAAGUUGCGCAUCGACCCAACUCCGCCUCCCAAUGAAUUUCUCUUCAACCAUUGGAGAGUGUCUUAUUCCAGUUGUAAGUACAGCCACCUAAUCACCUCGCAUCAGUUCCACCCAAAUGAACUUAUCAAGUACUGGAACCACUUGCAGAGCAACAAGCACAAUGCCUGUACCAACAUGGCAAAGGAAAAGAAUGGCAGGUACAGGCAUCGAAGGUUCCAUGGAGAGCGACUUCCUUGA